AAAUGUCUUUGACAUCCUGACCGAUAGAUGGAGGAAAUGAACAUUGAUAUCUGAAAGUGCCAGUAUUUUAUUGUUGUGACAUUCACAAGCUCUCUCUUAUUUCUACCAUUAUCAGUGUUGUGCUCCAGUUACAGCUUAUACAAUUUGCAGAAAGUACCACAACUGGCCCCUGGAAGUAUGGGGUGUUUUCUUAGAUGUAGGAUGUUUAGGUUGUAGAGGAAAGAGCCAGCAUUUAUGCUCUCUGUCCUUUUCAAUGUGCAUUAAUAACACACAUGUAAACCAACGCAGUUCAAAGUCCAACUUUGCUUGGUUUGGGCUUAGUUUCACUUGGGCGCAGUUUGUGCAGUUGAGAAGGAAGACGAAAUACAUGGAAAUAGAUUUUUGCCGUGCCCAAGGAUGGCAGCAUACUCCUAUUUGCAGUGUCAGGUUGCGCUGAUUUUGGAAAAUGAGAGGUGUCAAAGAGCAAAGGGAGAAGUAGCAAAAAGGUUGAAGAAGGCAGGUGGUUCCAGAAAGCAGACCUCCCUGUGCUGCGUCAUGCCUGCUGCAGUGAAUAACACCAGACAAGGGGGACCAGAGCCUGGAGUGCAGCGUCUGCUGAAAUCUCUGGAUCAGAUCAGCAGCAGAGGCACAGGCAAAGAGAAGGAUCUUAUGUUUUUGAGAGGAAUGUUUCAGAGUCAGGACCUCCAGGCCUUAUUACAGGUCCACCACAAAGUGUCUUCCCAAGAACACCUGGACCUCAAACCAAUGGCCAGAAAUAGCUUCCAGAUUGCUGCACAGGUCUACGAUGAGCUGAGGACGCAUCCCCUGACCUCUGAGGUUAGACAGCUGCUCGAUCUGUUACUCAGUCCACACUUUAAGGCUUUGCUGACAGCCCAAGACAAAGUUGCAUGUCAGGACUAUGUGCCACAACUGCCUUCCAUUCCACAUGAAGUUGAUGAAGAUGAAAACCGUGCAGUGAAAAUUGUACGAAUCAUGAGGAAAAACGAUCCUCUGGGUGCUACGAUACGAUUGAAUGAAGAAACGGGUAUGAUUUAUGUUGCUAGAGUGAUGAUGGGCGGAGCAGCUGACAGAAGUGGAUCAAUUCAUGUUGGAGAUGAAGUCCAUGAAGUAAAUGGAAUCAAUGUCCGUGGCAGAGAUCCAGAUGAUGUCGUACAAAUACUGGCAGCUGCGCAGGGUCCCAUUACUCUUAAACUAGUGCCCAGCAAUGUGGAUAGUAAAAUAUACAGAGAAAGCAGGGUUCGAAUGCGAGCUCACUUCAACUAUGACCCCUUCAAGGACACCCUCAUUCCCUGUCGAGAAGCGGGACUGCCCUUUAAGAAGGGGGACAUCCUGCACAUAGUGGACCAGACUGACCUGAACUGGUGGCAGGCCAGGAGGGAGGGGGACAAGAACAUGAGGGCAGGACUCAUACCUGGGAAACAGUUACAGGAAAGAAAAGAGGCCAUGAGACGGACAGUUGGCACAUUAGAUGGUGGAUUGUACAGAGAGAGAGAAAACAAGGGCAUCAGGAGUUCAACAAUGAAUGGCUCUUUGGAUGGUAGGAAAGCAAGGAAAACCAAGAAAAUUAUGUACCAGUCUGAGAAUAGCUCUGAUUUUGACAAUGCUGAAAUUAUCACCUAUGAAGAAGUUGAAAAAUAUUAUCCAGAAUCUGGCAGAUACAGACCAAUUGUACUCAUUGGGCCUCCUGGUGCAGGGAGAAAUGAAUUAAAAAGACGUCUUAUAACUUCCAACCCAGAACAUUUCUCAGCCACAAUACCACACACUUCUCGUUCCAAGAAACCAUCUGAAGUGGACGGUAAGGAGUAUUAUUUUGUCUCCAGAACAGAAAUGGAUAGGAGAAUAGCAGAAAGAAGAUUUGUGGAGUAUGGAGAAUACAAGGGCAACCUGUAUGGUACUAGUAUAGAGAGUAUAACCAGUGCUCUCAAUGCAGGGAAAGUCUGUGUUCUCACACCACACCCACAGGCACUGAAAAUGUUGAGAAGUGCAGAGUUAAAGCCCUACGUGAUCUUUAUCAAGCCUCCCUCCAUUGAGAGGCUUCGAGACACAAGACUGGUCCCUACCACCAAAGGCAAUACAGAUAAUGGAAUGAUACAGAAGACAUUUUCAGAUGAAGAACUCCAUGAAAUGAUUCUAAAUGCAUCCAAGAUUGAAGAAAAUUACAGUCACUUCUUUGAUAAAACAAUAGUCAAUGAUGAACUUACUACAGUGUUCACUGAACUUUGUGCUGCUGUGUACAGAAUUGAGCAUGAACCCCAGUGGGUGCCCAUCUCAUGGGUACGGUGACAUGACAGAACAUCAACCACAGUAGGUGCCCAUUUCAUGGAUACAGUGGUAUGACAGGACAUGAACCCCAGUGGGUGCCCAUUUCAUGGAUACAGUGACAUGACAGGACAUGAACUCCAAUGGGUGCCCAUCUCUGGGUACAGUGACAUGAAAGAACAUGAACCACAGUGGGUGCCCAUCUCUGGGUACAGUGACAUGAAAGAACAUGAACCACAGUGGGUGCCCAUUUCAUGGGUACAGUGGCAUGACAGGACAUGAACCCCAUUGGGUGCCCAACAGUGGGUAUGGUGCCAUGACAUAAUGUGAACCCCAGUGGGUGCCCAUCUCAGGGGUGCAGCGACAUGACUCAACAGGAACCCCAGUGGUCUGUUUUAAGGUUUUAGGAAAGCGUCUAUAAUACAUUGACAUAGUAAAUGAAAAUCUACUUAAUCAUACAGAAAAUGCAUUUACUAAUGGUCUGUAGUAUUAAAUGGGCCCUAAUUGGGAUACAGUCAGGUGAGAAUGUUGUAAAAAAAAAAAAAAAACUGCCUGAAACUGUGUUCAUUAUGCUAAAUACUUUUUCUUUGAUCAUUUUUGAUAAUCUAGAUGCAAUAGUCUAAGAAAAAAAGAGAAUGCUUAUUUUUAAAGACAAGGACUGCAAUAUAUUGGAUGAGGAGAUUGUGACAAUCUGUUGGUUAGAUGAUGUUAUAUUUGUAUUGGUCUUCCAUCCCUUGCCUGGUUUUAAGUCUGGUUCACGUUCACAUUUGCCCAUUUUGAACUGUUUUAUUUCUUAACAUGAUACUGUUUGUAGAAAAGGGCUUAGGGUUGAUUGAAUGAUAAUCAUCUUGCACAUGAUGUACAAUACAUAUAGUUUCUAUCAAAUGCCAUGUUCAGAAAAAUCAAACACCUUUUUCAUAAAAGUUGCACGUGGUUUGUCCCUUGUUAAAAUUAGUCAUUGGUUUGAUUUUUAUUAAAUGACAUCUGCAUACAUACAAUAAUUCAUUCCCAUUACCUGGGUGUUGAUUCAUUCAGCAGUUUAAUCCUUGGAUGUGCCAUUGAAUACUCUUGAGAGAUUUUUUAUAGUAGGGCAGCAAAGUGCAAUAUAUUUGAUAGAAGCUUGUUGACAACAAUCCAUCAAUUUAAUUCCUUCUCUACAGCUAUGCAAAUUAUAUGUAGCCAACACAUUGAUAUUCACUCCUCUUUUUUUUUUCAUGGUUACUUUGAAAUUGCUCAAUUUAUUUGAAAUUUCUUAACCUUUAAUAGACUAUAACCUUGUUAUAAUUUUAAAUUUCCUUAUUUGUUAAAAGCUGUACAAUCGCCUUAUUCUUCAAAUGUGCCAGUAAAGCAUGACGUGAAAUUGAUUAAAUUGAAUUUUUAAUUGGGACAUUUGAUAUUGACACAAUUUAUCUUUUCUUUUCAAUUGAAAGAUUUUUGUCAUAUAGAUCUUACAUGAGGGGAAGUAUGUUUAUUUUUCUUUUUUUAAGUUAGCCAAAUGACCUUUUGCCACAUAAGGUAUACACCCAAGUAUUACAUUUCCUUUUACAUAUGCUAUUAUUGUUAACUUUACUAAAUAGAAUGGAUAUCACAAUCAUACAAA